AUGUUUCCUUCUAUACUUUAUUAUAGUCUACUGCCCGGAGCUAUCAAUGUCUCCAAUACCGUAAAAUUACGUAACCCUAUGAGAAACCUACAAUCCACCAGGGUUUCCUUUGAAAUUUGUCAAUCUACGCAAGUUAAACCUAACACACUUUGUCUAUAUAAAGUAACACCUGCGGCCCAAGAAGACGUUACUUCUCAAACCACACUGGAUACACAUUCAUAA